GCUCCUUCGAAUUUUCAUUGAUCCUCUUGAAUUGACCUCUUUCUGUUUCUGUUUAGUGUAGGGCAGGAGUAACCAUAGUAUUGUUACUGCACCACUGCUGCUACAAGUUCCAAAAUUCGUCUAUUUAACUCCGCCAGCCUGCCUCCAAUCUAUGCCUCUCUCCCUCCCGCUGGCUCUCCACAUUGACAUCGUCCAAACACCAAACCUCUGCGCGUAUAUGUAUUGAAAUGCGUGAUCCAUAAUUAAAACCACCAUUACCUCUCCCUACUCUCAAAGCCCCUCCUCCUUCUCCACCCUGCAGACAUCUUCGUCGACUUAUACUUAUACUCUGGCGGUGUAUUCACGUCUCUCCUCCUCCUACCUCGGUUGCCGCCCACCUACCCACGUGACCUCCUCUGCAUACACCCCCGUAACCGUACCACGUAUAUUCUCCCUCACAUUCGUAUCUCAUUCCCCAACUUCCCAGCUAAAAUCUCUCGGUCCGCCAUUUCUCUCUCUCUCUCUCUCUCUCUCUCUCUCUCCGAGAAGAAAUGGCUAUGGCUAGACUUCAUCCCUCCUUUUCACUCCUCGCAUUUUGCUUCCUUUGUUCCGUUGCAGGUGUGUUUUCUGCGACGUUUACGUUAGUGAACCAGUGCAGCUACACCGUUUGGCCCGGGAUAUUAUCCGGCGCGGGAACUCCUCAACUCUCCACCACCGGUUUCCCGCUAAACCCGGGACAAUCAACUUCCGUUUCCGUCCCCGCAGGAUGGUCAGGCCGCUUAUGGGGCCGGACGCUUUGCAGUCAAGACCCCACCACGGGGAAGUUUACCUGCAUCACGGGGGAUUGCGGGUCCGGGACUUUAGAAUGCGCAGGAGGAGCAGCUCCGCCGGCUACUCUGGCCGAGUUUACUCUGAAUGGGGCUGGUGGGCUCGACUUCUAUGACGUCAGCCUCGUGGACGGAUACAAUCUGCCCAUGCUGGUGGUCCCACAAGGUGGGUCCGGAGGAAACUGUACGACCGCGGGCUGCGUCAGUGAUCUCAACGGCGGGUGUCCGUCGGAGCUGAAGGUGAUGAGCAGCAGCGGCAGCGUGGCCUGCAAAAGCGCAUGUGAGGCGUUCGGAGAUCCUCAGUACUGCUGCAGCGGCGCGUACGGGAAUCCUCAGACUUGCCAGCCAACUUCUUAUUCAGAGUAUUUCAAGAGUGCGUGUCCGCGCGCUUACAGCUACGCCUACGAUGACGGGACCAGCACUUUCACUUGUGCUUCCGCCGAUUACAUCAUCAGUUUUUGCCCAACUCCAGCUGCCAGCAAGAAGUCAGCUGGAUCUGAGACUGCCGGGGCAGGCGGCGUUUCAUUGUUCACAAGCGGCAGUGAUUCUUUAAUCUUGGGUCGGCGAUGGCGGCUGAUCAUAACCAGUUUUGCUAUCACUCUCUUGCUGCUGCUGCUGGUUACCCUUCGGCACUUUUAAGCCGUCCCUCCAAUAUCUGGGGAUUUUUAAAAAAAAAACACAUAAAAGAGUAUUCCAUUUCAGAUCGAUGCAGCCUUUGACUGAUUAAGAGCCCUUUCAUUCGAUUAUGGACCAGGUGGGAUAAAGAGGCCCACAAGAUUUUUUGUACGACUUGAGACAAAAAAAUUUGGAGAAAAAUCAAGUGGGGUUCUUGACUAAUUCCAGGCUUUCCAGAUGCCAGCUGCCGUGUUCUGAUUUCGGGCAUUAUGUUAGGCCUGAGUCCGGCCGAGAUAAAUUGAAAAUUGUAGAAUUGUUGCAUUGAUGUGAAUGUGGCAUGGUGCGGGGGAUUCUUUUCCCACAAGAUGCUAGGAGGAGGAAGGAGAUGGAUACAAGCAAGCAAGCAAGAAGAAGGCCGACUGGAAUGGGAACAUACUACUGAUUCAUGUUUGGUCACCAUUCUUCACGCCUGAAUGAAGAAACAUUGAAAGAGACCCUCCAAUCCAAGACGACGACCUCAUGCCGCCGUAGUUGAUUAUUUAAUGCAAUUUGGUUUGAAAUUUGCUAUGUACAAUUAUUAUAAUAGUGCUUACUAGUAUGCAUUAGAUGAGAGGCUUGGACGUGGUAGGUGUUUAAAUUUGUUGGUUUGCAAAUUGCAAUGUUUAUGAUAGGCAGGCCAGUGCUAGUGUGAUCUUGGGGACUUCAAUUUCUUCUCUAAUUUGCAACCAAUCAAAUUAUCUUCUAAUUCUUUAGUGGCC